AUGUUACCUCGAUGUCUAAGCAAGUUGAUACCACUUCCAUCGAGGGAUUACCCAGUUGUAGAUCAUUGUUAUGACGUGGUGGUACUAGGAGCGGGAGGUGCAGGUCUAAGAGCAGCAUUUGGUUUAGGAAGUAAAGGAUAUCGUGUAGCAGUAGUAACUAAACUCUUUCCAACGAGAUCGCACACGGUGGCUGCUCAAGGUGGUUUAAAUGCUGCUAUAGCGAGCGAACACGAGGAUAGUUGGCUUUAUCACAUGUAUGACACAGUCAAAGGAUCCGAUUGGCUAGGAGAUCAGGAUGCUAUACAUUUUCUAACCAGAGAAGCACCUCGUGCAGUUUACGAGCUAGAAAAUUAUGGAUGUCCAUUCAGUCGUAACGAGUCUGGAAAAAUUUAUCAACGUGCAUUCGGUGGACAAUCGUUGAAAUUUGGAAAAGGUGGUCAAGCACAUCGAACUUGUGCAGUAGCAGACAGAACAGGACACGCUCUUCUCCAUACUUUAUAUGGUCAAAGUCUUCGUUACGAUGUACAUUAUUAUGUAGAAUAUUUUGCACUUGAUCUUUUAAUGCACGGUCGAUGCUGCAAAGGAAUUCUCGCUUGGGAAUUGGAAACAGGAAUACUUCAUCGUUUUAGAGCUCAUCAUACCGUGAUAGCAACAGGAGGUGCUGGUAGAUGUUAUUUAUCUUGUACAGGUGCACAUACUUGUACAGGUGAUGGCAUGGCUAUAUCCUCAAGAGCAGGAUUGCCAUUACAAGAUAUGGAAUUUAUACAGUUUCAUCCUACAGGAAUGUAUGGAACUGGAAUAUUAAUAACAGAAGGAAGUAGAGGCGAAGGUGGUAAAUUAGUAAAUUCCCAAGGUGAAUAUUUCAUGGAAAAAUAUGCUCCAGUGGCUAAGGAUUUAGCAUCACGUGAUGUUGUUUCCCGAGCUAUUACCAUUGAAAUAAUUGAAGGAAGAGGUGUAGGUCCUAAAAAAGAUCAUGUGCAUCUCGCACUAAAUCAUAUACCUAUUGAAACUCUACGUACUAAGUUACCAGGCAUCUCACAUUUGGCAUGGGUAUUUUCUGGUGUUGACAUUACAAAGGAUCCCAUACCGGUGGUACCAACGGUCCAUUACAAUAUGGGUGGAAUACCUACAAAUUACCGAGCUCAAGUGUUAACGCGUGAAAAUGAAGAGGACAGUGUGAUAGAUGGAUUAUGGGCAGCUGGUGAGACCGCAUGUGCAUCCGUUCAUGGUGCCAAUAGACUUGGAGCUAACAGUUUAUUAGAAAUCAUUGUUUUUGGUAAAGCAAUAGCCGAUCAAAUUGAUUGCGUUACUAGACCUGGUGAACGACACGAAGAAAUUUCUCCUGAUUUGGGUGAAGAAUCAAUUUGCCGAUUUGAUGCGACACGUUAUGCGAAAGGUUGCAUCCCCGUUAACGAGCUUAAACAAUCAAUGCAACAAACUAUGCACAAAUAUUGUUCGGUGUUUAGAACUUGCGAUAUUUUACAAAGAGGAUGCCGGGAAAUGACGAAACUCUACACCUGCGAUUUACCUGAUAUAUGCGUGCAAGAUCAAUCGAUGAUUUGGAACACAGAACUCGUAGAAGCAUUGGAAUUACAAAAUAUGAUGCUUAUUAAUAUGCACACCGUAUAUGCAGCUGAAAAUCGUAAAGAAUCUAGGGGUUCCCACGCAAGAGAUGAUUUCAAAGAAAGAAUCGACGAAUAUGACUAUACUAAGCCUCUAGAAAAUCAAAAAAUGCGACCAUAUUCGGAACAUUGGCGUAAGCAUACGUUAACUUGGGCUUUCAAUGAUGGAUCGAUAAGUAUUUCUUAUCGGCCGGUUAUUGAUACGACUUUAGAUGAAAUGGAAGCUAAACACGUACCACCUACCAUUCGAUCCUAUUAGAUAACGAAUAACAAUCUU